AUGGGCGGACGUUUUCUGCUGCCCGGUCUGCUCCUGUUCCCUCCUCUGAUCUCAGGCUGGACCAUUCCCAACUGCUUAGUGGCCGAAGGCUCCAGGCUGCACCUGGUCUCCCGUUUCUUCCACUGCGGCUUGGACUCCAGACUGCCCCUCCUUGCGGUGUGCUCCGGGGUGACCAACGUGACAAAGGCCUUGGAGGCUGUGCCACAGGGUGUGGAGGGGCUCUGUCUCCGUGGUUCCCCUCCGGUUCUGCCAGCGGACGCCUUCUCCUGCUUCCCUGGCCUCAAGGCCCUGGGGCUGACCCUGUCUCUCACACAGAUCCUGCCCGGAGCCUUCCGGGGCCUGGGACAGCUGCAGCGGCUGUCUUUCAUACACCUCCCCGUGAAGGACCUCUUCCUACCCCCUGAUGCCUUUGGCAACCUGAGCUCCCUCCAGUACUUAGCUUUCUCGGGUGUUUGCCUGGAUGGGAACUCGGGUGUCCGGUUGCCUCCCAACCUACGGCGGCUGUCCGUCACUUUGAGUUGCCUUGAGGAUGUGGGGCAGCUGGCCGACAUCUUCCCAGACCUGGUGCUUGGCUCCUCCUCCGGCGAUGCCUGGACUCUGGAGACAAUGGACUUGAGGUCAAACAGUCGGCUAAAGAUGGCCAGUCCUGGGGGCCUCCAGGGCCUCAAGCUGGGGACUCUGAAUCUGGACCACACGAAGAUGAAGGCAGCUGCAGUGAUGGGACUGGGGCUGCGGAGGCUGGAUGCCCUGUCUGUGACAUACACCGACACGGCCGAGCUGCCCGCCGGGACAGUUGCCCACUUCGAGCUGCAAGAGCUGAAUCUGGGGCGGAUGCGGGUAGAGCACAUAGCUCUGGAGGCCCUGGCUUCCUGCGAGAGCCUGAAGAGCUUGAGUCUUAAGGGAAGUGGCCUAAUGGACCUGCCACCAGGUUUCCUGGCUGCCCUGCCCAGGCUUCAGAGACUGAACCUGUCAGGCAACAAGCUACGCAGCGCCGUGCUGUGCCCGAAUGAGACAGGAGCUGUGUCAGGACUGCGGGCCCUGGACCUGUCCAGCAAUGAGCUGCGUAGCCUGGCCCCUGACGCCUUCUCCUGUCUGUCCCACCUGCGGGAGCUACUACUUCAGAUGAACCAGCUGGUUUGGCUGGAGGGCCAGGUAUUCCAGGGCUUAAGGAGGCUGGAGAUGUUGGACUUGAGUAACAAUCCACUGGAGGCCCUGGGCACGGGCUGGUUGGCUCCUCUGCCUGCACUCACCACCCUCAACUUGCUGAAGACCCACAUUGUGCUGAGCCCAGCCUGGGACUUCUGGGGCCGGGAGAGUCUGCACGACCUGAGACUGCCGCUCCGCUCUGGCCCUUCUGGGACAGCGCUGUCCCUGCCCACGAGGCUGACCAGCUUGGAGCUUCACGCAGUGCCAGGCGGGGAGCUUUGGGAGCUGGCUUCUCCUGUCUUUCCAGCCUUACAGAACUUGACUCUAAAUGGUUGGGGGCUACAGCUGGGGACCCAGAAGGUCCCCAAGAUCUUCCCUGCCCUUCGCCAACUCUCCCUGUUUGGCAGUAGCUUGGAGGGCCUCUGUUCCCCCAACACCCCCAGCGUCUUCCUCUGGCAGCUCCCCAGGCUCCAGUAUCUGAGGGUAGAGGGGGAUGGGCGCGGCCCCAGGCCCUGCUGCAUCACCGGGCUGCCCAGUCUACAGGAGCUGACGCUGAAGAGACUGCUGUCCCGAGCGCAGCCCCGCCGCGUGCAGCUGGAGGAGCUGGUGGGGGACCUGCCCAGGCUCCAGGUACUGCAUGUGGCCCAGACGGGGCUGGAGACACUGUCAGCGGUUGCUUUCCAGGGCCUGGGAAGUCUCCAGGUCUUGGUGCUAGACUGGGAGGCAGGCCUCGUGCUGGAUGGCAGUCUCCAGGAGCACAGUCCCCAGAUGCCACAGUACGUGUAUGUUCUGGGUUCGUCCUUGGCCUGCCAGUGUGCCAAUGCCUGGGUGGAUCCCUGGCUUGAGCGGUCCCCCAGAACAUAUGUGCACAUAGCGUCAGCCCAGCUGUGCCAGCCAGAGGCCGGGGUCCACCCCAAGCAACGCCUCUUCCCCUUUCUCUGGAGUCACUGCCCCAGGACUCUAGAGUUGGGACUCUUUUUGGGCAGCUCUGCCCUCCUGCUUCUGCUGAUCUCCUUGCCCCUCCUGCAAGAAGCCAGGAACUCCUGGCUCCUCUAUCUGCAGGCCUUAUUCAGGGCUUGGCUUCAGGAUCUGAGGGGUCCGAAAGGUGAGGGCAAGAGGUUCCUCUAUGACGUCUUUGUGUCCCACUGUAGGCAAGACCAGGCCUGGGUGGUGCAGGAGCUGCUGCCUGCCUUGGAGGGCCGCCGGGGGCUCCGCCUCUGCCUCCCUGAGCGGGAUUUUGAGCCAGGCAAGGACGUGGCUGAUAACGUGGUGGAGAGCAUGGCCAACAGCCAGGUCACGCUCUGCGUGCUGAGUGGCCAGGCUCUGCAUACCCCACGCUGCCGCCUGGAGCUCCGCCUGGCCACCUCCCUCCUGCUGGCCGCCCCCCGCCCCCCGCUGCUGCUGCUGGUCUUCCUGGAGCGCGUCUCCCGCCACCAGCUCCCCCGCUACCAUAGACUGGCCCGGCUGCUCCGCAGAGGAGACUACUGUGUGUGGCCCAAGGAAGAGGAGAGCAAGGACGACUUCUGGGCGUGGUUGGGGAGCAGGCUGGAGCAAGCCAGGCUGGGCUAG